AUGGCUCACAGUUAUAAUAUAUCUCCGUUCAUAAAGCAGUGUUUCGUAACCGCAGCCGUGGGCAUAAAUAUAAUAGGUUUCGGCUGCAUCUUGGGUUUCCCAGCCAUCUUGCUGCCCCAACUAAAAGCCCCAGAUACGCCCAUCACGUUGACAAAAGAUUCCGAGUCAUGGAUUGUUGCAGUGUUGGCUCUAAGUGUGCUUGCUGGCAAUUUUAUAUCCCCACCGAUAAUGGACCGUCUUGGACGCAAGAUGUCACAUUACGCGCUCACCGCCAUUUUCUUAAUAAGCUGGUUCAUCAUUACAAUGGCGACCAGUGUUGAGGCUUUGAUCGUUGGAAGAAUCUUACAAGGAGUCGCUGGCGGUAUUCUGUCAACUUUACGAUCUAUACUCAUUGGCGAAUACACAAGUCCGCUGAAUCGUGGAGCUUUUCUUACUAUAGUAUCCCUAUCACAAGCUUUUGGUAUAUUUUUAGUCCAUCUCAUUGGAUCCUUCCUGAGCUGGCAAAAGACUGCCUUUGUAUGCGUAUUAUUUCCGUUUGUAAGUCUUGUUAUGAUCAAUUAUACACCGGAAUCUCCAAGUUGGUUGGUAUCUAAAGGCAGAUUUGAUGAAUGCAGGCAAGUAUUUAAAUGGUUAAGAGGAAACAAAGAAGACGACGAACUGGAAGACAUGAUUGAAGCUAGAGUUGCUUUUGAAAAGGCCGCUUUUAAAGAAAACGAGAACCAAAAUUGGUUUGCUAAAUUGUAUACCAUAAUUCGAAAGAAAGAGUUCUAUAAACCGAUAAUUAUCAUGAUCCACAGCAAUGUUUUAUUGCAAUUCUCUGGUGGACCUACGAUGUCAUCUUACUCCACGGUAAUUAUGAGCCUCUUAAUGGGACCAGAAGCAAACGCAUAUUUUUGGAUGGUCUUCAUAGAUUCUCAGAGAAUUAUUUUUAAUACGAUAGCUAUUUUUAUCAUCAACAAGACCAAAAGGCGAGUAAUGAUCUUCACCACAGGCUUGCUAUCAGUGGGAAGUCAUUUUGCGAUUGCAAUCUAUACUUACUGCAGAACCCAUGGUUGGGAAUAUGAUGCUGUGUGGUUACCAGCUAUGUUGAUCAAUCUGCAAUACUUGGCGGUGGCAGUAGGUACUGUGCCAAUGCCGCAAGUUAUAGGUGGAGAAGUAUUCGCUCUGGAGUAUAGAAGUAUAGGUGGUACUAUUAGUCAGGCAGCAGGAGGAGUUGCGAUGUUUUUGGCAUUGAAGACGUUUCCCACAUUGUUAGAUGAAAUUGGAUUACACGGUACAUAUACAUUUUAUGGUGCUGUUUUGUUAGUAAAUUUAGUCAUUGUUCUAAUUCUGCUGCCAGAGACGAAAGGAAAGACUCUACAACAAAUAGAGAAUGAGUUCCGAGGUCGACCGAUUAAACUAGAGGAGCUAGAAGCCAAACAGUCACUGAAGUCAAAUUCGGUUGAGAUUUACGUUAGAAAGAUGUCGGAGAAGAGAUGCAGUAGCCCCGUUCUGCUUUAA